AUGCGUUGUUGGCUACCGGUGACGACUUUGGCAAAAUCAAUCUAUCCGGCGUCUCAACCCAAAUGCCUGAACCACUCGUACGCCGGCCACAGCAGUCACAUAACGGCCGUACGCUUUAUGGCCGAUGACUCGCGGCUCAUAUCCAUCGGCGGCCGCGACUCUACGAUAAUGCAGUGGACGGUGUCGUAG